CCGGUGUUCCUGCUCUUGUUGAUGCUGCUGCUGUUGCUGGUGCCGCUGUUGCUGGUACUGCUAGUGCUGCUGCUGGUGUCUCUAUUGCUGCUGCUAUUGCCGGCGCUAUUGCUGCUGCUGCUGCUGCUAGUACCGCCGCUGCAGACCCGGCGCGGUCAUUCGUGUUCGUAUACCCAGCAGAUUCGCAGCCGCAGUACAGCAGGCACCACCAGCAUAACAGAAGAGCAGGCGCUGGCCCCUCCCUCACGAGCAGCAGCAGCAGCGCCAACACCAGAAGAGCAGGUACCGUCUCCAUCUGUUUCCAGCAGCGGCAGCAGCAGCAGCAUACCAGAAGAGCAAGUGCUGUUUUCCGCUCUCGUUGUCGCCAACAGCAACAAUAGCAGAAAAGCAGCAGCAGCUGGAGGUGCUGCUGCCACGGGCCUGCUGCAGCAGCCACUGCACCGACGAUAUUAG